GGACGCGUCAUACCGCCUGGCCGCGACGUCAUUUUCGCUGAACUGUUGAAAGUGGCUUUGGAGAAGUAAUACAAUGAAGAACCAAGAUGGGGAAAGCAAAGCUGUGCUGCUACCUGCCAGUCCUUCUAAAAUAAACUGUAGUCUGGGGCCAGAUGACGGUGACUUAGCCGAGUCUCCCGUAAUGUCUUCAGGAAGCAGUGAAUGUACACACCCUCCUGAGCCAUGCAGCUCAAAGCCUUUGAUUGAUGGAAGUGGUGAAGCUCCAGCGAGUGAAGAACAAAGCAAGAAAGAGGCAUCUCUGACAGAGGAGACAGCAUCCCAGCCCCACCAGUCUGCCACCUGCGAUGUCUCUGAAGAACUGAGCAGACAGCUGGAGGAUAUCCUGAACACGUACUGUAUGGAUACCAACCAAGAAGGUCCAGGAGAUGACAAUGGGCAGAAUGAGCAUGUAGAGCUGGAUGAGGCUGAAAAGGGCCGGAGCGAGUCCCCACGGAAUGGCGAGCAGGAACAGAGUUGUCCUGAGAUAAACGGGGAGAAAGAGAGCCCCAGGGGAACCAAUGAUGAGGGUGCAGAGCGUGAUCAGAAGCGAGCCCAGGAAAAAAAGAAGGGCAAGGGGCUUGGAAAGGAGAUCACAUUGCUGAUGCAGACCCUCAACACUCUCAGCACCUCAGAGGAGAGGCUGGCAGCCCUCUGCAAGAAGUAUGCAGAACUGCUGGAAGAGCACCGAAACUCUCAGAAGCAGAUGAAAAUCUUGCAGAAGAAGCAGACUCAGCUGGUGCAGGAGAAGGACCAUCUACGGAGUGAGCACAGUAAGGCGAUCUUGGCCCGCAGCAAGUUGGAGAGUCUGUGCCGGGAGCUACAGAGGCACAACCGCACCCUCAAGGAGGAGGGUGUCCAGCGUGCCCGUGAAGAAGAGGAGAAGCGGAAGGAGGUGACCUCCCAUUUUCAGGUGACACUCAACGACAUCCAGUUGCAGAUGGAGCAGCACAACGAGCGCAAUUCCAAGCUGCGGCAGGAGAACAUGGAGCUGGCCGAGCGGCUGAAGAAGCUCAUCGAACAGUACGAGCUGCGGGAAGAGCACAUCGAUAAAGUCUUCAAACACAAGGACUUGCAGCAGCAGUUGGUGGAUGCCAAACUCCAGCAGGCCCAGGAGAUGCUGAAGGAGGCUGAGGAGAGACACCAGCGAGAGAAGGACUUUCUGUUGAAAGAGGCUGUGGAGUCCCAGAGAAUGUGUGAGUUGAUGAAGCAACAGGAGACCCAUCUUAAGCAGCAGCUGGCCCUCUAUACAGAGAAGUUUGAAGAGUUUCAGAACACCCUUUCCAAAAGCAGCGAGGUGUUUACCACAUUCAAACAAGAAAUGGAGAAGAUGACAAAGAAGAUCAAGAAGCUGGAGAAAGAGACCACGAUGUACAGGUCUCGCUGGGAGAGUAGCAACAAGGCCCUUCUGGAAAUGGCAGAAGAGAAAACACUCAGGGACAAAGAGCUGGAAGGGCUCCAGGUGAAAAUCCAGCGCCUCGAGAAGCUGUGCCGGGCCCUGCAGACGGAGCGCAAUGACCUGAACAAGAAGGUGCAGGACCUGUGUGCCCUCGCCUCUCCGGCCACUGGCACGGGCACCCUGGAACCGCCAAAGGACCAGUUGCCAGGCAGCUCGGACGAGCUGGCACCCCAGGGCACCGUGGUGGGAGAAUGCCUUCCUCCGGCGCAGGCGGGGCGCUGCACAGGACCACCCACUGAGACCCUUGGUGAACUGAGCCUAGGAGCACGAGCCCUGGAAGAGACUGAGGCAGCUGCAAAUUCUGUGGAGUGAAGGUGGAAGAAGGGAGGCUGACUGGCAAACUUCAAAAGACUCAUCUAGUCACCUUCCCCGAAGCCAGGGCUGGGGGUGAGAGCUCAGCCCUCCUGGGCCUUUGAGAUUCUCCAGUUAUAUAUAU